AUGAGGGCUGAAGAUGGUGAGCGGGCUAUUGUUGCGGUGCAGGAUACCCUCAACAGUAUUAAAAGUCGCCCACAUCGUCAACAAGUUCUAAUGGGAGUGGGCUCAGGACUAGUUGCAGGUUACAUCUUCGCGAAAAUUGGCAGAGCAGCUGCACUCCUUUUAGGCGGGACUUUAAUUGCCUUGCAAUGUGCAGUUCAACAAGAUAUUAUUCACAUUAAUUGGAGGAGAGUAGAACAUGCUGGUGACCGGUUAAAGUCGAGUACACCGAUUUUCGGAGAUAAGGUUACUAGAAAAGAUUAUUAGCAUCGGUAUACUUAUAAAGCUGAUUGUUAUGCUUAUGCCAACCUACUGAUUAUUGGAUUGAAAUUCAUAGAAUAAAAUCCGCCAUUCAGAAAUUACACUUCUCGAGGUCGUCUCACCACAAUUUCCUGCAAUAGUUUCUACUUUCAUGCAUUUUUGCUUGCUUCCUUGAUUAUCAUUCAUAGUAUGAAGCAGAUCAGAAUAUGCGAUCUUAGUGUUUCUGGUUUCCAAAAGAAACUGGUGAAAUUUCACCCCGAACUGUUCAAUUUGAAGAUUCCCGCUCAACCUUGACAACUGGGUAGUAUCAUCAGCUCACACAAUGUGUAGCUCAUAGUCUACUGAAUGCAAAGUCUGCUCCGUGUAACUGAGCUCAAGCAGGUCCUAGGAGAAUGUAUUUUUCCCCUAUUUUUGUGGCUCAUGUCUUGGCGUCCAAAAUGUAGCAUAUGUUUUUCUAGGAAUAAGUUUAGAAAGUUUUUUUUCAUAAAAUGUAUUUCCUAAUGAAGUUAAAUACCUGGAAAACAGUAGUUGCGUGGGUUGCACUUCACAUGCUUAGCAAAGGAAAAUGAAUAUAGAAUACAUACUUGGUUUUUUAAUUCAAAUGUCAAGUCUUAAAUCUGUGUGUGAAAAUACUCUCUAUGUUCCAAGGUAUCUUUCAAAAAAGUAUCUUUUUUCGGAACCACUUUAUCGUUUGCUGGUAACUAUUAAAACGAUGAAUUCAGAAUAUCCUAUGUAAAUGUCAAUGCUUUAGUGGUUCAAAGGUUCACUAGAAACCACAUGAGUGGUCUGUGUUCGAUUCCUGGUCGACGCACUCUUCAACUUUGCCUAGUUCAUUAGCUGAUAGUAGGCUCACAAACGAGGAAACGUUGCUGGUGAGGUCAGUGGUUAGGACUCUCGCCGACCAUG